AUGAUCUUGUGGAACAAAAAAUUCCUAUCAGUUGUUUUCUUAUUAAUAUUUGAUACAACUAAUUGUAUGAAACGAUCGUACUAUAUGAAAGCCAAACCAAAAUUAAACAUCACACAUGUCCCAUAUUAUGUUAUGAAAAAGGAAAUGGAACCAAACCAAAUGUAUUUUUUCACAAAUAGGACAAAAAAAAAAAAAGAUAUUCAAAAUAAUGAUAAAAAAAAAAACAAUACAGCUAAUUUUCACAUAUAUAAUAAUAUAACAAAUUGGAAAAUAAAAAAGAAGGGGUGGAAAAAAAAAAAAAAAUUAAAAUAUCAACCUGAAAACAAUCAUAAAAAAUUGGAUAAUGUAAAUAUAAAUAAAAGAAAUCAUUAUAUACACUUUAUUCAUAAUAUAAAUAUUAAAACAUUCAAAAAUUAUAUUGAAAAUAAAAAAAUAAUCAGUAAUUAUAAUAAUAUUAAUAAAAAUACAAUAUAUAAAAAAUAUAUCUUAUCCAUAUAUAAAAAAAAACAAGGAAAAAAUACUAUAUUAUAUAUGAUUAUUGCACCAAAAGGUUCUCUACAUGAAAAAAAGACUAAAGAAAUUUUGGGAGACCCAGUCAAAAACUAUCCAUGGGAAAUAAGUAUUCCAUUUCAUGAAACUAUUACUCGUGAACAGAGUCCAUAUUAUAAUUUUUUAAAAGGUGAAUGGGCUUAUCUAGAUUAUAAAAGAGAUUCUAGAAGAGCAUGUGGUAAAAUAGAAGGAGGAUUAGAAAAUUAUGAUGGGAAAGGUUUGAAAUUAGAAAAAGGAGUUGAUCGUCCAAGAUAUAAAGAAAUACCAUAUUAUUUAGAUCAUGGUGUUGAAUGGAGAAAUUUUAAUCAUGAUGAAUUAAUACAAUUUGAAAUAGAUCCAGAUGGAAAUCAAGAUCAAACCUUUUUAGAAACUGAAGAAGAUUUAGAAUAUAGACAAUGGGGUAAUUGGAAUUAUAGUUGUGCUAAAGAAACUACACAAUUAAAUACUGCUUGGAGAGAUCCUGUUCUUUCAAAAGAUUUAUCAAAUUUAAUUUAUCCAUGGAAUCAUAAAGCACAUGAAAAUCAUAUUAUACCAUAUGGUUAUAGAGGUCCUAGUGGUUUUAUUCCUGAACCUAAACUAGAAUGGGAACUUGCGGCCAGAGGAUUUUUAGGGGGGUAUUUUGAAGAUCCUAAUUGGAAUAGAAUUAAAUAUUAUAGAAUUACUAAAAAACUUAUUUUAGAAUGGCAUGAAACUGAUAAAAAUAAUACAAAAAUUGAUAAAAUUAAAUCAGAAUUAUUUGGUAUAACUAGUAGAAAAAAAUAUACUUCAAAUCAAAUCAAACUUAUAAAUGAACAUGCAUUACUUAGAGCUAAAGAAAUUUUAUUAGAUCAUAUUUUAGAUCCAAACAAUGAUCCAGAUUAUAUUACAUAUUAUCUAGAUAAACAUGAACCAAUUGAUUAUAUUGGAGGAGGAAAUCAUAAAUGUUCAGAAGAAGAAAUCAAAGAUAAAACAGUUGUUUUAAAUAUGUGUGUAUACCCAGUCAAACAACAACAUGAAACCUAUUCUUCUAAUAUGUCCAUUCCAGAAAUGGCAGAAAUGUAUCAUUAUUAUAUGACUGAAAUAAGAGGGGAAGGAAGAAUUAAUAACCUAUCUGAAGAUCCAGUUGAAGAUAAAUUCCAAUGUUAUGAAUUACAACAUGAUAGAAAAAAUUUCCCUGCUCUUGUAUCCUUAUAUAAACCAUUAUGGUCUAAUCGAAAAUAUGGUGAAGAAUUUGGUGAUGCCCUAAGAAAAGAAGAAAAAAUCAACAUUCAAAAAUUCUAUCACUUCAAACGCAAACUCAAAUUGAGGAAAAAAACAAAAUAUGACAAAAGGGAUAUAGAUAUGUAUAACUAUCUACAAGACUAUGAAAAUUUUGAUGAAGAAUAUGACUUUUAA